UGUUUCUCGUGAAAUAAUCGUAUUUUGAACUCUCUUUUACAUUAUUUACGUUUCUUUUCCAAUACAGAAAAAUCAGUAUAACAAAAUAUUCUUAUUAUAUCCAACCUAGUGACGUUAUGGUUAAUAGAAUUCUGUAAAAGCAGGGAUAUCCUUUACUCGUUAUUAAAAUCAUUCACAGAAAUCGUGUACAACUUAAUAGAAUCAGUAUGUGUUUGAUCAAUGCUUUGAUUUGUAGGUCAACUUUCACGGCAUUCAACAAUCCUCAGCAGAAUCAGCUACUCUUCUUCUAGAAUGGAAUCGGCAAGAUGAGAGACGAAUGCUUUCACGGAUAUGGAAUAAUCCAGCCAGCUUCCUGCAGGCUUACAGUACAAAUUCCUGGAUACCUUUAUUGAUAUCCAAAACCAUGCCAUAAUAUACAUGCAGACUAGUUAGCAUGCUCGAUUGACCAAUUCUCUGAUUGUGGGCACUGGACGUGGAUCUUCUUCAGAAUUAGUGCUAUCUUUAUAGGAUUAAGCAGUGUUAGGAGUAGACAUAGACAUCAUUAUCCAUUGUUAGCCAUAGAUUUACUUUUACUAAGUCAGAUGGAAACUAAGCAUUGAUUGCCUGUUAUUCAUAUGAAAUCUGUAGAGAGGUACCAUCAAUAUUAUUCUCAUCUCAUUUUUAUCCGAAGUGGAUUUUUCAGUGCAUUCUUCUUCACGAACACCUGUGUGUGCAUUUCCUCUAAAAUCAUCCAAAAUUUCGUUUUCAAGUUUCCGUGAGAAUUUUUCUAGUGGAAUGAAUUUCCUCCGGCGAAGAUUCAGUUCUGGGGAUCUUCAGGGUGAGCUUAAGGAGGAGAAUUCUAGUAUAUUAACUUUUAAAAAAGGACCUUCACCAAGUGCACCAAGUUCUCCUUCAAAAACUUUAAAUGCAACCCAAGGACUUCCGAGAGCAGGGCCAGUACAAAACAGUAAACCAGCAUAUAAUAAAGAUAGAUGUAAAAUAUUAUUAGUAGUUGAUGAUCAACAUACAGACUGGUCAAAAUAUUUUAGAGGAAGAAAAAUUUUUGGUGAUUGGGAUAUAAGAGUUGAACAGGCAGAAUUUAAAGAAAUAAAUUUAGCUUCCUAUUCUGAUACUGGUACAAUGGUAGAUAUACAAGUGACGCGUAGUGGAACUAAAGUUGUAAGGUCAUUUAAACCAGAUUUUUUAUUAAUUCGACAGUAUGUACGAGAUGCCUCGGAAGACUGGAGAAGUAUUUUAAUAGGUUUCCAGUAUGGUGAUAUACCCAGCAUCAACUCAUUACAUUCUAUAUAUAACUUCCAAGACCGACCAUGGGUGUUAGCACAACUAGUCAAAUUACAGAAGAAAUUAGGAAAAGAAAACUUCCCAUUAAUAGAACAAGCAUACUAUCCUAACCAUCGUGAAAUGUUGAUAACACCAAAGUUCCCUGUAGUUGUAAAGGUUGGACAUGCACAUGCUGGGGCUGGUAAGGUUAGGUUAGACAAUAUAGAUACAUACAGAGAAGUUGCCCAUAUCUUGGCCCUUGGCAGUAACUAUGCAACAACAGAGAAAUAUAUUGAUGGGCGAUAUGAUCUACACUUACAGAAGAUCGGAAACAAUUACAGGGCUUAUAUGCGAAAGUCUAUAUCUGGAAAUUGGAAAGCCAACACAGGGUCAGCCAUGUUAGAGCAGAUAGCAAUGAAUGAAAAAUUUAAAUUAUGGGUAGAUGAGUGUAGUCAGUUAUUUGGAGGCUUGGAUAUCAUGUCAGUUGAGGCUGUACAGGGGAAAGAUGGAAAAGAAUAUAUAAUAGAGGUAAACGAUUCAUCUAUGAAUUUACUUGGUGAAAGUCAAGAAGAGGACAGACGAAAUAUUGGUGAAUUAGUAAUAACCAGAAUGCAACAGUGUCUUCAGCCUGUCCAGACACUUAGUCGGACCAUAAGUUUACAUUAUGGAAUGAAUGGUUCUAAGAAUGAACCAGUCAACCCACCAGCAAGGCCCCCUCAACCUCAGCAAGGUCAACCCAUUCCACAACAAAGUCAUGGUCAGCAAAGGCCACAGCAAGGGCAGCCAAUACCAAGACAACAAAGUCAACAGGGCAAUGUUCAAGGUCAACAACAUCAGCCAUCUGCUCAGAUGCAGCGUCAAACAAGCCAAACACAACAAAGCUCAAGCCAAGGUCAUCCAGUUCAACAUGGUACACCCAUGAACCAAAGACCACAACAUCCACAACAACAAAGACAACAACAACAAAAUAGAACAGAUGGAGGACCACCAGGAGCACGUCCCCCGCCAAUAGGAGUUGGAGCACCAACUUUAGGCAAAUCAACAGAUUUUCCAGAAGGAGAGGAUACUAUGAAGAACCUUAGAAAAACAUUUGCAGGAAUAUUUGGAGACAUGUAGAUUUUGUUUUAAUAUAUAAACACUGACCAAUUAUUUUAUUCUGUAAUUAUUUAUCAUCUUCGCUAGCCAAGGGUUAUGAUCCACUUCCAUCCUUUCCACCCUUGUCAGAUUAAGCCAAUAUUUGUGACAAUAAUUUGCGCCAUUUUGUUGGUAGAUUAAAGUCACGCCCAUUCCAAAUACAUUAUUCUUGACCAAUGGUUGCACUUGGAAAUCUUCAAUUUGGAGAUAAAAACAUGGUAGUGUCUAGAUUCUACACACUUGGUAAUGCAGUCAACAAAAAUAUACAUGGACAUUCAUGCAUUUGUGCAAGACAUACACAGGAACUUCUAUUAGUUGAUUAAAACAUUCAAAUUGUCACUAAAUAUUGUCGUAUGUUUAGGGAUGUAAAGACUUGUUGCACAAUAAGCAUGUGGCAAUUGUUUACAUACGAUUCAUACAUUUACAUGUGGUCAUGUUAUAGGUGCGUUUUGAUUGGAUGCAGGGAGUUUCAACUGCAACCAAUGAAAAUCAUUACCUUUUGUCUUCAAAAUUCUAUCCCAGUCGGCCAAGGGUGGAGAGGAGGGAAGUGGAUUGUAAACCUUGGCUAGGGAAGAUGUUAUUUAUUAAUGAAAAGCAAAAACAUUGUCUAAAACGAACUAUACUAGAUGUUAAAUUGUGUCUAGUUAAUCGACAAUUUAAGGCAUGUUACUAAUUAUUUUAUACAAGGAAUAGAUACAACAAGAAAUAUUAUAUAUAUUAUCCAAGGAAGAACUCUUUUAUUCUCCUUUUGUACAAAUUUGUCAAGCAUUGAUUCAAAAGGCAGCAAGGAGAAAAAGUAUUGGAAAAAUGUGUGGGCUGUUCUAUUUAAGCAUACAUGAUUAUUAUGAAAGACACUGAAAAAAGGGCAUACUCCUUUGAUCAUCUUUUUAUUCACCUUGAUCAAAGGAUGAAAUGUUAGCUAUUGCUAACCCUUGUUAUCUUUAUACUCAAUAUAUCAAAUUUUAUGAUUAGUUAAAAAUGAUUUUAACAAUAGAUCAAACCAAUUGAGUAACACGUUUUGUGCUGGCGUACAAACAAUGAAUUGUAAUAUCUUUGAAGUCCUUUUGAUAUUUAAGUUAUAAACUGUGUGUGAUGGAAAUUAAAUAUGGCUAAUACUUAUAACACUGUUGUAUUAAGGAGCCUAAUGAGAACUUACAAAAAAAUCAGCCACUUAAAAGGUCUGAGAUCAUCUUCAUUGUCAAUUUAGAUUUUUUUGAAAUAAAUCUUUAUUUAUGGUUAUUGCAUACUUUUUGUUAUGUUGAAGCCUUUUAUUUAAAAAAAAUAUUGAUUUUGUAUUGAAUCUUGUCAUUGUACACAUGAUUGGUUUUAAAACAAGUUGGAAUAAUUUAGAAUCAAGAGGUCAGUGAUUCAAGUCACAUUUGUCACCAAAAUAAUGUUGUUGUUUUUGGCACUUCGUGACAUGGUUUUUGACUGCAAAGUACAUUUUUAAUUAUUUUUUAAGUUAAACUUAACUCUCAUAAGCCAGAUUUAUGACAUGUUAUUGUCUAAUAGAUUCUGAAUUUUUAAAGUAUCUAGUUUCUACACCAUUUAAGUUCACAUUGAACAAAGAGCCAUCAUCUAUGUCAUCAGUAGACUUCAGUCUUCUUUUUAAACUCAUUGUCCUUUGAGACUACCAAGUCAUAUGUUAUCAAUAUUCUCAUAAAUGAUCCUUACUGAAUCUAGUUUUAAAUUUGUAUCCUGGGAUUAAAUUAAUUUACAUAGGUAAAAGUUAUAAACAGGUUAAGUCAUAUAACUUCUUUUUUUUCUAGUAAAACCCAUAGAUAAAGAGAAUGUCUAGCAAAGUAAGUUCUACAUAAAAGGCAACAUUGCAGAACUGUUAGUUGACUCCCUAACCCUUUCCACAAUGGAAUUUUAUUUUUUACACACUCGAUUUGAAUAGGAUUUUUCAAUAAAAUGUUGAAAAAAUGCUUAAAAGUAUUAAUGCAUUUUAAAAAACAAAUAUUUCAUCAAUUAAAUUGUAAGUCAUAUAUUCUUAUGAAUAUAUAUCCUUUUAAUAUUGGAUACAAAUUUUAUUAAGAUUGAUGCAGACAUUUCAUAGUCACGGCCUUUCAACUGAGUACUACACAAGUGUCAAAAGGUGUCAUUAUGGAGUAAAGGGGGGUGGCGUCCAAAGGCAUCAUUUUGGAGGAAACGACUUUUAGUUAAAGGAUUUUAUGCCCCUUGUGCUCAAAAUCUCUUCUGUGAAAUUUUGUUGAUUUGACCUAGAGUGAGCUAUUUUCUAAUACACGGAAUAAUUUGAUUGGUCAGUUGAAUUGGUGCUGACCAAUACUCUGCUGCAAUACAUUUCCAUGAAAUCACAUCAUUUUUGUAAAUUUUUCACAAAGUGUAGCAUAGAACUAUGUGUUUAAUUGUUUAGAAUGCCAAUUUGUAAAAUAAGCAUCAUGGAUACUCAUAAUUAGCCAACUAGUAACAAAAAAUAAGAUGUGUUCAUUAUAUAAAUUAUGUAAAUGUUUUCAAAUGUCAUAAUCACAUAAAAGGUAAACUGUAUAUUAAGGAUCUAGUUCUCAUUAUAAGUUCUGUUUUUUUUUAUUAAAUGCAUGGUGAUUAUAAUAUUCCAUAUUAUAGUGUUAUGUACAGUAUUGAAAUGUGUGGAACUUAGUCUUCAUUUAUAAUGAUAUCAGUUUGUCAAGUUAAACAUUUCUGUGUUUAAAAAGAAUGUAAAGUUUAACAUUUAUUUUGUUUGACUUAUUUAUUUACUUAUACACCGCAAUUUUUUUUUAGAUAGACAUCUAACCAUUAUUUAUACAUAUUAAACUAGUAUACACAAAUAUACUAAAAACAUACCCAUAUAGUACUUCGACUUGAGCUCUGUAAAAAGUUGCUAUGUUACUAUUUAGAAUUUAAGUUUAGAUAGUUGAAGUGGACCCGGAAAAAUGUUUUCAUUUUUAUUAUUGAUUGUAUUUUAUUGAUUUUUAUAUCUAGAUGCUACUAAAGAUCUAAAAGAAUAUUACUUGUUGUUUUUGAUUGAGAUAAUCGUUUUACAUUCCUAGUCCAUUGUAUCAUAAUAACUGUAUCUAUGUUAUGAAAUGUUCAGGAUAACUAUAUGCUAUAAAAUGUUUAUGAUUAUUUAAUCAAGUUUUGCAUGUUACUAAGUAUGAUAAAUGCAGAGUAUCCAGAUUUCAUCUAACAACAUCUUGGUGUAAAUGUUAAAAUAACAUGAACUGUUUCAAGCAUACGUUUUCAUAACUGUAGAUCUCAGAUUUAGAGCAUUUUUUGUGAUUUUACAUUGUUUUUAUGCUUUAUAUAUGUUAAGUUUUUUUAAUUAUUUUAUUUAUUAACUGUUAUUGUUGAUGCAUUGUUUAUAAUGUUAUUUAUUUACUCUAUUUGCUAUUAAUAUUUUAUUGUAUUUUUACUCCAAAUGAGUGUAGAAUUUCCUAUUGAUUGCAAAACAAUAUAUAUACAUACCAUAUAUAUUGGCAGAUUUGUCUGUUUGCAUAUUGUCUGCUGGUCAAAUAAUGCAGACGUUAUCAGACAUUUAAACUUAAAUAUUAAAGAUGCAAAUAAUAUUAAACUAUGUUUAAACCAUUUAAUAAUUUAAAAUGUAAUUCAUUAGCGAGAAGGUAACAAAUGUAAAUGGCAACAUCUUGGUUCCCUGAAUUAUAUACCCAACUUUAUUUUAUUCAGAAGGUAACCAGAAGUCUGUCAUAAACCAAAAAAUCAUUAAAGCUUGGUAAAUCAGUUUGCUACAACUAAGUACUUUUCAUGAAAACUGCAAAACUGACUUAUAUCAAACCUGUUCUUCUAGCUCACUGGUAUAUACAUUUGAUUUAUAGCCCAUUUAAGUCAUAUGUGUUUACGUCGGAGAGAUGAUCUCCCUUUUUACAAUGUUUGUGUGUAGGUUUUUUUUAUUUCAUUCAUCUAAUAAGUUGUAAGUUAAGAAUGACUGUCAAUUAUAUUCAUGAAUAUCAUUUUAAGAUCUGAAUCACAGAAUAUUUCACUGUACAUUUAUAAACCAUUUGUAAGAACACUAUGAAAUAUUGCUCAUAAUUUCAUCAAAAUAAUUGCAUGUCUAUUCACUUGUAAAAUAAUGACUUCUGUAGGUUAAUGUUAUAUAUAUGUGAGAACUUUGCCUAAUAGGAAGGUUUACUAGAAUGUGAUAUUUUGUUGUUUGUCAGCUUGUUUUUGUUAUAAGACAUUUUAUCAUUAGAAAGUGCAAUAUAGUAGUAUUUACAGAUGCAUCAGUCAAAUUAAGUAAUAAAGGAUUCAAAAUCUA